AUGUCCGAUCCGAGGUUAAUUUUACCUUUUUCGGUUCGGCAGAUGUCGAAUGCCGAUGAAUGGUCAAGAUGGAAAGAUACGCUGGAGUUUUAUUUUACUGCUAAGAAUAUAUCUAAUGCAAAAAGAAAACAGGCGGAACUUCUCUUACUCGGUGGACCAGAAAUCCAAGACAUCUAUUAUUCGUUCCCGAAAGAUACUCCUAUUCCUGCUGACUCUGACGAGUACAACUUUACGCUCUCUCGGUUGGACUCCCAGAUAGAACCGAAAAGCAAUAAAUGGUAUGAACGUCAUGUGUUAUCAACUUUAAAACAAGGAAAGGGUGAAACGUUAACGGCUUUUAUCACCCGGCUCCGAAAUCAAGCUAAGUUAUGCAGCUUUGCGAGUACGUUUGUAGACGAGGCUGUCCAAGGUCAGUUAAUAAACGGUUGCAGUUCAGCUGAAGUACGUACCGAGCUCAUGAAACAAAAGGAAGACGCAACGUUGGCCGAUUUUGAACGUGUAGCUCGAACGCUUGAAACUGUUACUUCUCAAUCUUCUGCGAUGGCUAGUGGUGAGUCAAAUUCCACGCAAGUUAGCGCGAAUACGAGCAACGUAUGCCGAAUUCCUGACAAGAAACGAAAUUCUAAAGGGAAAAAGUUUCAAAGGGAACCUUCCAAACGAGCUUCGAGUCCUGAUCGCGAAAAUACUGAUCGGUGUUUUUGCUGUGGUCAUUCCGGUCAUCGAGCGAAAGAUCCUAAGUGCCCUGCACUGAAAGCUGUAUGCGGAAAAUGUAAGAAAAAUGGUCACUACAGUAAGGUUUGUCAUUCAUCCGCAGCUGGCCAAUCUAAUUCGAGUUCGCGUGAUAAAAAUGAGCAGAGAAAGGAGUCAGUGAAGAAAGUUACUCACGAAGAUAUAUUCUGUGUUCGAAAUGAUUCAGCAGACGAGAUCGAAGAAUGGGUACCAUGUCGCAUCGGUAAUAUUGGUACUAAAAUGUUCGUUGACUCCGGUGCUUUGUAUACAAUGUUAUCAAGGAAACAGUGGCGGAAAUUGAAACGAAAUGGCGCUCAGUUUCAAGGUUUCCUGAAAUUCAAUGCAACGAUCAGACCGUUAUAUCUGAAAUAG